GGCGAACUUCACUGCGGUCGCCAUUUGCGCCACGAACGCUGGUAGAUCGUCUUGUGUGUAAAAUUGUGGAAUUGGAGGUUAUAGUGCUAAUUUACUAGUUAAUAGUGCAUUAAAAUUAUCGAAAACAUUUUGAAGCAAGUCAAUUGAGUGUCCAAUGUCUCGUAAGCACGAAAAGUGUUUCGAAUGAUUGCCGUGAACCCCAGAAAUGAAGAUAGUCAGGACACAUACAAAUUCAACUAGAAAUCUUAUGACAGCAGUGCCUCUAACAAACCAAACCAAUUAUUUUUAAACCUAAAUCUUAAAUCUUUACAAGUUUUUAUUUUUAAAUUAAGUGACAUUGUGCCAGUAUUUAAGCCGUAUUAAAAAUUAAGUAGUUUAUGGUUAGUUUUUUUGUAAACUGAGUGUUGCCAGUAUGAAAAUUCCGGAGACUUCAGCUAAUGUUGGUGCUUAUUAUGGGAACGAGGAAAAUGGACAGUGGCAGCCAAACGGAGUUAUAAUUGACAGCGGAGUGCCCGGUGGAGUAGUCGGCAGUGGAGACGGUCUGCACCCACAGCCUGUAUACCCCGUACAUAUACCAAGGGGACAUAUACCCGGCUACGUGAUGGCGGGCGCGUACUACGCAGGCGCGGGCUACGGCGCUGCGCCGGCGCCGCCCGACGACUUCGCCGACUACAUGUGGAUGGAGAACGAGGAGGAAUUCGACAAGCAGGUGAUGCAACAGCUCGAGGAGGAGGCGCUGAUGGAGCAGUGCAUAGAGGCCAUGCUGGAGGACGAGCAGAGGGAGCUGGAGAGGCACAACCCCCACAACCCCCACUACCCCACGACGAGUAACGGCAACCCGUCGCUAUCGCUGGAGGAGACGGUGUCCCGAUCGACGCUCAACCCUCUCGCUGCCGAGUUCGUACCCACCUUCGUGCCUAGGGGCGCACGUACAGAAGAAAAGAAAGUAGCAGAAGUAAAGAGCACAGAAGAGACACAGAAGGAGCCCAGCGAAGGGACGGAAGAGGCGCCACAGGUCACGGAAGAACUCAAAACAGAAGAGCCCCUCCCCCCCGUGGACCCGCCGGAAGUGAGCGCGGCCGACGUCCAGCCCAUAGACAAGAAACGCGACAGCAAGAAGGACAGCAAAACGAAACCAGAGACUAAGAAACCGGUCAAAGCGGAACCUAAGAAGAUUACUAAACCUGCGGUCGUCAAAUCAGAGACUAAGGUGGCGCCCAAAAAGAAGGAAGUGAAAGCAGUGAAGAGUGAGGCUAGGUUAGAAGAGAGGGAGAAAGAAGAUGCGCCAGUCGUUGUCGCUGAGUUGCCUAAGGUGGCGCCCUCGCCCUUGCCCGAGGAGGCGGGGCCCAAGCCCAUCAACUACGCCGCCGCCGCGCGCGCCAACAAACCCAAGCUCGCGCCCGCGCCCGCACCACCCGCACCGCCCGCACCCAACAACAGGAAACCCGCCGUGCAGAGGAAAAACAGCGCCAAGUAA